AUGCAUCUGAGCCUAACCCUGCAAGUCCGUACUUAUGAUUCCUUCAAGUUCAAUGGCACAACUCAGUCAGAAAACGACAUAUUACUUUGUUCCGUCUGUGCAAAGCUGGAUUUUUACAGGAUCCUCCUUUAUGGCAUCCACGAGCUGGAGCCGAUACCACUCGGUUCACUGUCAUCUAUUUUCGAAAAAUCUUAUCAGUGCAGUUUCUGUCGCCUCAUCUCACUGUAUGUCCGUCAGACACGGAUUAUGGAGGACUUUCCUCACAUUGAUAUCUCAGAGAUUGAAUGUGGGGUCCACACGACGCUUUGUGGUGCUCUUCGGAGGGGACCUCAUCCCCCACUCCGUUAUGGCCGCCGCCUCUACAUCACCGGGAACGGCCUCUGGCAGACACAUCCCGCUUUCAGGGCAGUGGGUCCAUUAUUCAUUCAUCUCAUGCAAGAAGAUGCUUCCAAGUUUGGGAGACCGGUCGAUCUUCAUGGUCGCAGGGUGAAAAACACGGUGGAUGUCGGUCUGGUGAAGAAAUGGAUUAAGUUGUGUCAAGAAAACCAUGGAGAUAAAUGUCGGAAUGUUUGGAGAAUGGACAGAAACCUGCCGGAGUUCGUGAGAGUGGUGGACGUAGUAUCGAUGGCCGUGAUCCCUGCACCUUCUCACCGUUUUCGUCACGUCGCCCUCAGUUAUGUAUGGGGAGGCAACGGUGCAGAGUAUUGGACGACAAAGGAUAAUAUAGCAAAGCGCUCCAUACCUGGCGGAUUGAAUGCGGCAAACCUCCCUGACACCAUUACAGACUCGAUUUCAUUCGUGCGACAACUUGGUGAACGUUACGUAUGGAUCGACGCUCUGUGCAUCAUUCAAGAUGAUUUGCAGGACAAGAUCAGUCAGCUGCACGCUAUGGAUUCGGUCUAUGGCCUGUCUUAUUUCACGUUAAUUGCUGCUGGCGGAAAAACAGCUCGAGACCCUCUCCCAGGGUGCCGUCCACGAACUAGAACGCCGCAAAUACAUAUCGAAGUCGUCCAAGGACUUCAUCUCUUUGUGACUCCUCCAACACAUGAGAAGGCUCUCGGAAUGUCCGCUUGGAUUACGCGUUGUUGGACCUAUCAAGAGAGCGCGCUGUCCUGCCGAAGGAUAUACUUCACUGAGCAGCAGGUCUACUUUGAGUGCCGAUGUCAGGUUUUCUGUGAAAACAUCGUCGCGGAAAGUAAGGCCGACUUCUGCAGGAGCUUUCUUCGGCAUUCACGGGAAGAAUAUUUCCCAUUCUCAACUGACUCCUUCUGGAGUUACAAGUAUGCCGUUGAGAGGUGCACACGACGUAAUCUCACCGUCGAAUCAGACAUUGUCGAUGCUCUCACUGGAGUGACAAAUGCUUUGGUAGUAGCAUUUGGACUCGGCGACCCCGCUAGAGCUUUUCAAUAUGGAAUGAUGUUGACGGAGCUGCAUCACGCACUUCUCUGGCAACAUGAUCCACUUACACCUCGCACUCGUCUGUUGGUGGAUGAGACGCUUGUGGAUGUUUGGUACAUCGUGGACCAUGGUGGCGGUAUAGUGCCCCUCAAUGUUCAGAGGGUGUCACGAGUUUAUUGGAUAGAGGAAGAGCAGCCCCCGUAUUCCUCUCCGGGAAGGACCUUGGACCCAACAGCGAUGCCAUUGGACACUCAUCGACCACUAAAACCAGGCACUCUCAUUUUUUGCACGACUUCCAGCCACUUUGCCAUUACAAGGCGAGGUGGUGAAUCAAAUGAAGAAUCGAGCCCUGCCGACCACUAUGGUCUCUUUAAUAUCCUCUCCGCCACGUCUUCUCCCACUUGGGUUGGCACUGUCAUCCUGCCAUUGAACCCUGCCCCGCCAAGUUCUCUCGAAUUCAUCGUGCUUUCCCGUUGUGAUGGUAUGCACGGCUUGUACGAUGAAGAGAGUAUCAAGCCUUACCGUGGGUGCUUGCUACAUGUGAUGGCGGUUAGUGAGAAUGAGGGCUUGAUGGAACGUGCUGGAUUGGGCAUCAUUCAUAUCGUUGCCUGGGUUGCUUCAACGCCGGAGGAGAAGGUGGUGUUUCUCCGAUAA